AAGGUUGCCUUUAGGAAGUAGUAAAUCAUGACUUUUUCAGGGAGCUGAUUUUAAAAGGAAGAAUUAUGGGGAGGACUAAAGGAAAAGUUCUCGACGCGGCAAAGGGCAACGGGAGGUCACCGUAUGUAAAUAGCUCCUCUGGAGGGGGCUCCGGCGGCGCAGGGGUGUGGCUGCGGAGCGGCACUCAAUCACUCCCGGAGCGCCGGCGCUGCCUCGUGUGGGGCUUGGCCGCCGUGCCUGCAGCUGCCUGAGUUUGCAGCGCGCGCCGCCCGGGGUUGGUUGGCGGCUUGAUUGCCUGAGCCCCGAAACUCUCGCCUUGCAGCAGCACUACCGCCGGCUCAGCGGUCGGGGAACCAUGCAGCGCUCCUGUCCCGGCCAAGCCGCUUGAAGGUGAACGACGGAGCCCGAAGAGAACCUGCGGUGGACCCGCGCCCUAAGUCUCUCCGGCUGCCCAAAUUGGGGCGAAUAGUGCGCGGCUGCCGACUUUUUCCCUUCCAGCGCCGCGAACCAGCAUCCCCUGAGAAUUAAGAAUGAUAGCAGCUGGGAAAUUUGCAAGUCUCCCAAGAAAUAUGCAGAUGAGCCAUGAGUUCUCGCUGGCAUCUUCUAUGGACCUUUUGAGCAGCAAACCAUCUCUGGCAGACCAUCGCUCCCAUACCUGUCAAGAUGUUUCCAUUCAUGGCACCCUUCCGAGGAAGAAAAAAGGGACCAUUCCUGUUGGACCCUGUGAUGUUUUUAGCCACAUGGGGACUUCGCCAUACUCCAAAGCACAUCGACCCCAAGAACCUUUGAUGCAAGGUGUUAUAGGGGAGUAUUUCCAGAAAAACCACAAGAGUGAGAACUUCCACCACAGAGAUCAGAAUGCUAUGGACCCAGCUAUGGAGUAUGUAAAGUUUUCCAAGGAAAAGCAUGUUAUGGACAGGCUGGGCAUGGAGAGUUCACCAGAAAAACUCAAGAAAGAGCUGGAAGAGGAGCUCCAGUUGAGCAGUGAAGAUCUGCGCAGCCAUGCCUGGUAUCAUGGACGUAUUCCACGACAGGUGUCUGAAAGCCUUGUUCAGAGAGAUGGAGAUUUCUUGAUCAGGAACUCUCUCUCUAGCCCUGGGAAUUUUGUCCUUACCUGUCAAUGGAAAAACACCUCUCAGCACUUCAAGAUCAACAAAACCGUCUUGAGGCUCAACGAAGCCUACUGCCGUGUUCAGUACCAAUUUGAGGACGAAAGUUUCGACAGCAUCCCUGGCCUGGUCCGGUGCUAUGUGGGGAACCGCCGGCCAAUCUCAAAGCAGAGCGGGGCAAUUAUAUUUCAGCCCAUCAACAGGACUGUCCCAUUGAGGUGUCUGGAAGAAAAAUAUGGCACUUCCCCAGCCCUGCAAAGGGAGGGCAGCAUUCCGGAAGGAAAAGUGGAAACUCCAAAAAGACUGAGCCUUAAUAUGUGCACUCGCCAGGCCAGAGAGCAGAAUUCAGCCCGAGGAAACCUUCUAAGAAACAAAGAAAAAAGCGGUAGCCAUCCAGCCUGCUUGGACCAUGUUCAGGAGAAGAGAUUCCCCCUGAAGGCUCACCAGUCGGAAAGCUACCUGCCCAUCAGUUCAAGGUACCCAUCUCAGGGAACUGAAGUUGAAACCAGCCCUUGUCCCAAGUCGCCAGCAUUCAGGACAGGCAGUGAGCCCGCACUGAGCCCUCAGAUGUUCCGGAGAGCUGCCUCUGAGUUGCAGCUCAUCGAUGCUCUCAGGGGUUCGGACAGCCAGCUGUACCCCAGGCCUCCGCCCAAGCCCAGCAAAGUCCCCUUUCUGAGGCCACCGCACGGUUCGGAGGCCCUGUAUUGUGAAUUGAACGCAGCGUUUCCCACAGACUGUGGGGUGACAAAGCAACCUUUAUGCCAGAAGGACAGCUUUGUAGAGCAUCUGGCAACGAGGGAGAAUGGGACACAUUCAUCCAGGCAUUCCAAAAGGAGCUACUUGAUCCUGGGCGACAAUGACUCUUUGCUGAGCGCUGCGGACCCACUCGUGGCCCAGACGGAGAUGUGCAAAGAGAGCAGCGUCUUUGUCGCGCCUGUUCUUGAGAUGUUCUCCAGUUUCAGGCCUAACGAUUUUGAGUCCAAGCUCCUUCCCUCGGAAAACAAACCCUUGGAGACAGCCAUGCUGAAAAGGGUGAAGGAGCUGUUCACAAACAACAGUGCAAAGAGAAUCGCUCUGCAUAUGCUUAAAAUGGACUGCAAGGUUGCUAGGAUACUGGAGGUCUCCGAAGAGAUGAGGAGAAUCAUGGGAGUGAAUUCAGGCCUGGAACUUAUUACGUUGCCGUAUGGACACCAACUGCGCCUCGACAUAAUUGAAAGACACAACACCAUGGCAAUAGGGAUAGCAGUUGAUAUUCUCGGCUGCACAGGAAACUUAGAAGAACGAGUUGCAACGUUAAACAGGAUCAUCCAGGUCGCUGUGGAACUCAAAGACUCCAUGGGGGAUCUGUACGCAUUUUCAGCUAUAAUGAAAGCUCUGGAAAUGCCUCAGGUCACAAGGUUAGAGCAAACGUGGACCGCUCUGAGACACUGCUACACACAAACAGCCAUUAUAUAUGAGAAGCAGCUAAAGCCGUUCAGCAAAGCCUUGCAUGAAGGAAGAGAGGCAACCUGCGUUCCACAGAAUGUGGUCACUGUCCCCCUGCUGAUGCCUCUUGUUAUGCUUCUGGAGCGCCAGGCUGUCGUGUUUGAUGGAAUGGACGUGUGGGAGAACACGGACCAAAGCUGCGAAAUAAUGCUGAAACACUUGGCGACUGCUCGCUUGAUAGCGCAGAAUGCUGACCUGUACAGUGCAAAUGCGGAAAGGAUCUUAGCAGGUUUUCAGCCAGAUGACGAGAUGAAUGAGAUCUUCAAAACAGAAUUUCAGAUGAGAUUGCUCUGGGGCAGCAAAGGAGCACAAGUUAACCAAAGUGAAAGAUAUGAGAAAUUCAACCAGAUCUUAACUGCACUCUCCCGAAAAUUAGAACCCCCUUUAGCAAAACAGAUUGAGCAGUGAAAUGCUCAAUGGACACUCAACUAUAUAGUUGGUUCAGUUACUUUACUUAAAGAAAAUACACUGUAAAACAGGCCUGCAUCAAAUGUUUGCCUUUCCCUAUCCUCUCAGAGUAAGAAGAGGGUGCUUUUGGGGGGUGGGGAGGAAGUACUUCCUGAAAAGUAUUUUCCAGGAAUAUUUGCAUUCCCUGACAGACUUUUUGUUUGGCACAUUCUUAAAAACUGUUUCUCCUUACUGGCAGUAGGUAUUCUAGCCAAAACAGGGAUCACAAUGUGAAUUCACAUGCACGGCCCCUCUAGAAAAAGGGUAGCGCUUUCUGGGUCAUAAUUGAGGAAGAAUUGCUGAAGGGGGUGUGAGAGUACUUGUUGCCACUGCCAAUCGUUUUUGCAUACUUUUGCUGUAUGCAGUUUCAUUUGCAGCACCUUCGGGAUUUGUAAAUUGCACCAUGUGCAUUUUUUUUAUUAUUUAGUUGCCUAAUAAGAUUUGACUACUGAUUUACAAAGGAAUCAUUAUUUAUUUAUUAUGGAUAUCUUUAAUUAUCUCUCGCUCAACAAAGACACUGUCCUGUUACGUAAAGUAUUGCUGACACAGUGGUUUUAUUAGAGUAUUUUUAGUCUUGCAUCAAAUAAUGUUAUUAAUAAACUGUAAUGUAAGUAAGACUAGAAGUUACAGGAAUGGCUUUGCAGAAGGUAUCAGUUGUAUGAUAUCCCUUAAAAUGGAUAGGGAAACUUGUACAUGUGCUUGUGAAUUAAAGCAUCUCAUGGUGGAA